AUGGGGAGUAUAGUUAACGAAGCUCAAAGUGCCUUUGUAAAGGGCAGGCAAAUAUCAAAUAAUAUCCUUCUUGCACAUGAGCUUAUCAAAAACUAUGGUAGGAAACACCUGUUACCAAGGGUUAUGAUCAAUAUAGACAUCAGGAAGGCUUUUGAUUAUAUAAGUUGGAACUUCAUACAAGACAUUCUGACGGAUAUGGGUUUCCCACUGGUUUUUGUUAAAUGGAUCAUAUGCUGUAUCUCUACACCAAAUUAUUCUAUCUCUCUGAAUGGUAGCUUACAUGGAUUUUUCAAGGGUGAAAGAGGACUAAGGCAAGGGGAUCCUCUUUCCUCCUACAUAUUCAUUCUAGGCAUGGAAUACCUGACAAGAAUGUUGAACCUGUUGAAAGAUGAUAAAAAUUUCAAAUUUCACCCCAAAUGCAAAAAUCUAAAUAUAACACAUCUAGUGUUCGCUGAUGAUCUCCUUCUUUUCUGCAAAGGGGAUCCUUAUUCAGUGAAUAGACUUUAUCAAUGUGUUGAAUAUUUUGGAGCAUGCUCUGGUUUAGAGGCAAACCCUGCAAAAUGCUCUAUCUUUUACAGUGGAGUUUCUGAUGAAACCAAACAUGAGAUUAGUAAUUCCCUGGGGUUCCCUGAAGGUUCUCUUCCAAUCAGAUAUUUAGGCCUUCCUCUUAUAAGUAAAAGGAUGUCUUACAUAGAUUGCAACCCUCUGCUUCUGAAGAUAUCAAACCAGUUCCAGAGUUGUAUGAAUAACAAAUCACUGUCUUAUGCUAGAAGAAUACAGAUUAUUAAGAGUGUUAUAUUGGGUAUUCAAAAUUUCUGGACAUCUAGCUACAUCCUUCCAGUAAAAGUUCUACAAAAAAUUGAUGAGCUAUGUAGGUGUUUUCUAUGGGGCAAAUUAGAACAUACUUCUAAACCUUCUCUGGUAUCAUGGAGUAAUGUCUGUGUUCAAAAGAAAAAUGAAGGGUUGGGAAUCUUCUCGGCAAGACUUUGGAACACUGCUGCUGCCCUCAAAAUCCUGUGGAGUAUCCACAUGAACAAGGAGCAUUUGUGGAUUAAAUGGUCCCAUGAGAACUAUCUGAAAAAUAGUAGCAUUUGGAUGGUAAACGCUAGAAAGGGAGACUCUUGGAUGUGGAAACAACUAUUGAGCAUCAGAGAUAAAUGUAUUGAUUUGUGCGGAGGGAUUGAAAACCUCAAACAGCUUCUCAAUUCUUGCUGUAACAACUCAAAAAUCCAGCUCUCUGACAUAUACUCCAGGUUGUCACCUAUUACAACUCAAGUGGCAUGGCACGAUACAGUUUGGGAAAAUUUAAGCUAUCCAAAACACUCGUUCUUACUGUGGCUGGCAGUCCAGGACAAGCUUCAAACUCAAGACAGACUCCUCAGAAAUGGAAUUAUCCAGACAUCAGUCUGUAAGCUAUGUGACUGUCCUAUCUCAGAGAGCAGAAAUCACCUCUUUUUCGAGUGCACUUUGUCAAAUAUAGUUUGGAAUGGUAUUAUGGAAUGGCUCAACUUCAAAUGGAGAUCUUGUAACUGGUCUACCCUCCUGAAUUGGUUCUUUUUCAGGUUGAGGGGUAAGGGUAUGAAACAAAAGAUUAAGAGGAUGGCGUUGGCUGCAACAGUUUAUACUAUCUGGAAAGAAAGAAACUGCAGAAAUUUCAAAUUGAAGAGUAAAGCUCCUGAUACUUUAAUUAAGAACAUCAAGAUAGAUAUCCUCACUGCCACUCUGAAUUCUCAGUCAUCUGAAUGCAGGGAAUGGGGUCUCUCUAUAUAG